AUGCUCCGAUUUGUUUUUGUUUUAUUGAUUACAGCUGUUGUUUCAAAUUCAGUUUAUCGACCAGUUGUUCUUAUGCAUGGUAUAACAUCAACAGCUGCUGGAAUGGAAGAAUUAGCUAGUUGGAUUCGAGCAUCUUUUCCUGGUAUUUAUGUUAUAUCAGUUGAAAUUGGUAAUGGUAAAGUGGAUUCCUUUUUAUUGCCAAUAGAUAGGCAAGUCGAACAAUUUUGUGACACUGUUUAUGCUGAUGAUCAUCUUCGUCAAGGGUUUAAUAUACUUGGCUAUUCUCAAGGAAGUAUUAUUAUACGUGGUGCAGUUGAAAGAUGUUCAUUACCUGUUUAUAAUUUAAUAACAUUAAGUGGUAUUCAUCAAGGAAUUUUUGGUAUACCAUAUCUUUUACAACUUCCCGAACAAUAUCGUGAAUUAGUUACGAAAUAUGCAUAUGAAAAUACAGUACAAAAUGCAAUUAGCCCAGCAAAUUAUUGGCGUGAUCCUAAUCAAUUAGAUAAAUAUAUAUCUGAUUGUCAUUUUCUUCCGGACAUAAAUAAUGAAGGUGAAGUACGAAAUGGAAUAUAUCGUGCAAAUAUGAUGAAAUUAAAUGCAUUUGUUAUGACUUAUUCUGAUAUUGAUGAAAUCAUUGUGCCAAGACAAUCAGGUUUGUUUAUGGGUUAUAAAUCAAAUUCCCUGGAUAUUGAAACAUGGAAUAAUUCGAGACAAUUUACAGAAGAUCUCAUUGGGUUAAGAACAUUAUGGGAACAAGGAAAAAUAUUUACUUUUACUUCUCAUGUACGCCAUCAAGAUGUUACACAUGCGCCCAAUCGAGAUUUUAUUAUAAAAAAUAUUUUACCUUUUUUUAAUAAUUCACUUUCAUAG